UCCUCCCACAAAUUGGCACCUCUGGCCAAGCUUUGGCUGCUUGGAGGUUUCCUUGCUGCAGUGUGAAUUCCUGCGUACCUGUCUGAACAAGGGUAGACACACAGAGAGCAGCGGAGAAAUCUAAAGGGGGGUUGAUUUUCUCGGAUUGUUUUGGGAGCGGGCGGACACGUCGGCCGGCAGCUUUGGCGCGCUUAUAGCAUGGAUGCCAUCAUGCUGCAGGAGAAACUAGUGGAACGACUCCUGUGCCCUCGAGUGAGAACAGCUAGACAGAAGGAGAAGCAGUAUGUGGGCUUUGCCACUCUGCCCAACCAAGUGCAUAGGAAGUCUGUGAAGAAAGGCUUUGAUUUCACGCUCAUGGUGGCAGGCGAAUCGGGAAUGGGCAAGUCCACGCUGGUCAACAGCUUGUUCCUCACAGACCUCUACAAAGACAGAAAGCUUCUGAAUGCUGAGGAGCGAAUCAACCAGACGGUGGAGAUCAUCAAACAUACGGUGGACAUAGAGGAGAAAGGAGUCAAGCUCAAGCUCACCAUCGUGGACACGCCGGGUUUCGGAGAUGCUGUCAACAACAAUGAGUGCUGGAAGCCUAUCACAGACUACAUCGAUCAGCAGUUUGAGCAGUACUUCCGAGAUGAGAGCGGCCUCAAUAGGAAGAAUAUCCAGGACAACCGGGUCCACUGCUGCCUCUACUUCAUCCCCCCAUUUGGGCAUGGAUUGCGUCCAGUGGAUGUUGAAUUCAUGAAAGCUCUACACGAAAAGGUAAACAUCAUCCCGCUCAUCGCCAAAGCCGACUGCCUCACACCCAGCGAAAUCAAGAAGCUGAAGGACCGAGUACGAGAGGAAAUCGACAAGUUUGGCAUUAAAGUCUAUCAGUUCCCUGAAUGUGACUCAGAUGAGGAUGAGGAGUUCAAACAACUUGACAAAGAGCUGAAGGAGUGCACCCCAUUCGCCGUGAUUGGCAGUAACACAGUGGUGGAAGCUCGAGGACAACGAGUACGAGGGCGGCUGUACCCCUGGGGAAUCGUUGAAGUGGAAAACCAAUCCCACUGUGACUUUGUGAAGCUUAGGAACAUGCUGAUCCGCUCGCACAUGCACGAUCUCAAAGAUGUCACAUGUGACGUCCACUAUGAGAACUACAGAGCGCAGUGCAUACAGGAGAUGACAAGUAAACUGGCCCAGGACAAUCGCAUGGAGAGCCCCAUCCCUAUCUUGCCGCUGUCCACCCCGGAUGUGGACACUGAAAAACUGAUUAAAAUGAAAGAUGAGGAGCUGAAGAGAAUGCAAGAGAUGCUGACUAAAAUGCAGCAACAGAUGCACGAGAAAGACUAGCCAUGAAGUCAAACACGACAAAUUUUUGGUUUGUACAUUCAAGUUCAGUUAGGUGCUUUUUUACAGCUCGUCUGCCUGGUUAUUCGCUUCGUUCGAGGCCCCCUCCCACACGACACCCCCAGCUGUGGUUUAACCAUAUUAAAACCUAACUUAGUCAGGGUACGACAUUUAGAGUUGAAUGGUGUUUUUUAUUCAGUGUGUAAGGGAGUGACCGUGUCAUUAAGUCUCUGAUCUGGUGUCCACAAUAUCCCUUUUAGUCUUUGCACAAUGUCUUUCUCAUCUAUUUAAAUGAAUAUGGUGAUCAUAAGGAAUGCAUUAUUUAUAUCAGUUUUGGAUGUGGAGCAGCUUUUUUUGUCAUUGGUUCGCUGCUUUUUAACUGCACUUAAUGCCAGAUGUCAAAUGUGAACUUUGAACGCAAAUCAUAAUCAAAACAUUUUUUGUGUUUUUUGCUUUAGUAAAUAGUGGAUAAUUGAUGCUUUUUUUUUUUUAAUUGUGAAUUUUGUCAUGAAGAAGAGCAGCGUGUGAAUGAGUACAAACAAAAGUGCAUCUUCCUUCUGUCCAAUAUGACAAAUAAUAAACGUGUUCCUCCUC